GUGGUUGGGGAGGUUGUGGCGGUUGGCGAAUCGGUUGACUCCCUGCGGCCCGGUGAUCGUGUGGGUCUUGGAUGGAUUGCCAACUCAUGCCGCCGCUGCCUGGCCUGUUUGCGGGGCGAGGAGAAUGUGUGUGUGAAAGGCUACAAGGGGCUCAUUGUGGCUGGCAGCCACGGCGGCUUUCAAGAAAUUUGCCGCGCAUCCGCGGACUUCGUGUACGGCAUUCCGGAGGGUCUGGAUUCCGCUUCCGCUGCGCCGCUGCUGUGUGCUGGAGUGACUGUGUAUGCGCCCUUGAGACGCCACAUCGACCGGCCGGGAGCCUCUGUGGGUGUGCUGGGUGUGGGGGGACUGGGGCACCUGGCGCUUCAGUUUGCGAGUAAGAUGGGCGCGGAGGUGACGGCACUGGACAUAUCGCCGGAUAAGGCGGCCGAAUCCCAGCAGCUUGGCGCCCACGCGUUCCACACCUGGGGCAGCGCCAUUGGAGAGGUGGGAUUGCAGGGCCAUUUCGAUGUGCUGCUCAACUGCGCCUCCGCCAACAUCAGCACCACGCAGCUGAUGAGCUUGCUGAAGAAUGGCGGGACGCUGGUGCAGGUGGGAAUCCCGGGCGGCGGUGCGUCGAUGGCGGUACAAGUUCAGGACUUGGUGUUCGGCCAGAAGAAGAUUGCGGGCACCAUCGUGGGCGGUCGGGCUGAUAUGCAGGAGAUGCUAGAGUUCGCGGCGGUGCAUGGCGUCAGGCCGAUGGUGGAGGAAAUGCCGCUGUCGCAGGAGCAUCCGGACGCAGACAAGGAAGUUACCGAUGCUCAGUUCAAGUUCAGGGGCCGAGAGUGGCACCCUGAGUCCUUCGGGUACACGAAUUGUAGCGCCCCUACGCCUUUGAUUGAUCCUACAAGGAACAUCUUUGAUUGCCGCAUCCUGCGCGACGUCUGUGUGGACCAGGGGGUCAUAAUCUAUCAGGACAGCCGCUUUCACCCAUGGACCAGCGAGCACCGGCUGCCAUAUUUCAACAUCACGGACAUAUUAUGGAACACUCCCUCUGUUCUGGGAAUCGGCGACAAAUGGAGAAAUGGCAAGAACAAGUAUCAGUUUCCCCUGAUGCGCCCUUGGCACCACAUGGAGGAGUCAGAGGACGUGCGCCGCCCCGUGUUCUCCAACUGCACAACACCCCUACUUUUCUUCCACCACUUCCCAUUCAACGUUGCGGAAGUCUAUCGGUUCGCAGUCAACAAUAUCUACUUUUUGCAGCGGAGGCUACAGUUCUUUGACGAGCGCCCUCACUCCACUUCCACUCCCAGGGAAACCCUCCGACCCCGACCCCGGCUCCGAAACUCCCUCAGCCGCAUCACCCUGGUUCCCGGCAACCCGCCAAUGAGCGCGGUACCCUCCUUCACCCGCUUCUGGCUGCAGCCCUUCUCCAGAUACGCCGUGACCUCUCUGGGCCACCUCUCACAGCGCUGGCCGCCCGGCAGCCCGCCGCCGCCCAGUGCCGCCACGGGCGAGGGGGUGGCGGUGCGCUGCUUCUCGCGCUUCCUCAUGUGCAAGAUCACGCUGAAAAAGCCGACGGGGGCGUUCUUUGAGGCGGGGCAGUUCGUGGCGCGAUAUUAUGCGGAGAAGGCAAUACCCAUGGAAGCCAACUUCACACAGCGCCUGGCCGCGGAGGUACCGCUGGACGAGCAAAAGGACGACACCGUACUGAAAGUCGUAUUCGCCGAGUCCGAGGGCGCCAGCAGCAUCUUCCGCCGCGUGCGCUGCUUCCGGCACAUCUUUGGCAUCGAUAAUCUAUACGAUUUGUGGGUUGUACGGCGCUCGGACGUGUUGGUGGGUGUGCACGGCUCAGCGCUGACGAAUGCGUUGUUUAUGCGACCCGGCUCGUCACUGAUUGAGUUGCGGCCGUACGGUUUUAGCGGUCGGGAAUCCUGGCCUAACAUCUACAUGAAGUCCCAAACCCGCGGCAUGGAGGUGUUCUGGUUCGGCAUCGACGUGAUGAGCGCCAACCUGAGCACCCCGGGGGACUUCGAGGCCGACAUGCAGCCCAUGUACACGCGCGCCAAGGGCUGCCUGGCUCGUGACCGGAACCUGAUUGUACCCUGGGAGGCAAUGGCACACCAGCUACUGAACGUGGCUGUGGUCAGUCGCAACGUUUGGCGAUACAAAGUACUGCGGUACAGCCAUUCGUACUAUGUCACACAUGACAUUCAGCCCCUGGAGUUGCCUGGAAAGGACAAGCGCGCGCCGCCGGAGCUGCAGAGCUGGUUUACGGAUCCGGACGAGGAGCGCCGCCGCGCCGCCGCCAUCCCGCUCACCCCCGAGGGCGCCCGGGCGGCGGAGGAGGCGGAGGCCGCCCUGCUGGCCAAGGCGGCUGAAGCCGCGGCGGCGGCGGCGGCGGAGUUGGCUAGUGGCGGCGGCGGCGGUGGUGUAGGUGGUGGUGGUGGUGGUGAGGUUGACGCUAAUGUGGGCGACUCUGGUAGCGAUGAGGGCCAUCAGCAGCAGCACCAGGAGGGGCAGCAGCAGAAGGAGCACCAGGAGGGGCAGCAGCACCAGGAGCACCAGGAGGGGCAGCAGCAGAAGGAGCAGCAGCAGCACCAGGAGGGGCAUCCUCACGUGCUGGAUUUGGGACAGGGGCAGGAGGCAGACGUGCCUUUAGAAAUGAGUUGCUGUUGCUUUAUGUUGUGA